AUGAUUGUCUACACGGUGAUUUGCCGAGCCCGGGAUGCUGCCAUCUUGGUAGAAUUGGCCACCGAGUCUCUUGCUGGAGGGAAUGCGCCUCAAGUUACCACUGCUUUGUUGGAACAUUUGCGAGAUAAUCCCAGCGUCAUCCAAGAAGGACACCUCAAAACCUUUGUGCAUCGCAAUCAGGACGAUGAAGAAAUGGGAGAUGAUAUCUUUAACACUGUCAUGCAGGCUUGUACUGUGCCAAUCAGUUCGGCACCAGAUUUGGAUAUAGGGCAAUUUCAAGAGCACUACUUUCAUCUCUGGUUGGACGAUGGUAUCUAUUAUUGCUGCUUGUCCGACAGUCCAGAACCAAGACAUCACAAGGUGGCCUUUGCUUGUAUGCAAGCCAUUUGUAGAGAUUUGAAGCAACGAUUCAGCCAGAGAAAAUUGCGAUCCUGUAACGCAUAUGCCCUGAAUUCGGAAUUCACUCCCAACUUGAGAAGUGCCAUGCACUACUACAAUAUCAAUUGUGACAAGCUGAGUCAGGACCAACACGUCAAUGGGCUUUUGGUACAAGUGGAAGAUAUGAAAGUAAUCUUGGGGCGUAAUAUUCAGCUCCUGUUGGACAGGGGUGAAAAGGUCGAUCGGUUAUUGGCUACUUCUGAUAAGACUCUUGCAGAAACUAAUGUGUUUCGACAACGGUCCGAACGGGUAAAGAAGUUGAAGAGACUGCAAAAGAUCAAAACGUAUAUGAUUCUAGGUGGAUUGAUGCUUACUAUUGGUAUUGUUGUUGGGUACACAUAUCACAACAGCAAGAGCUAG